CCAUCCAUUGUUUGUCUCAUUCACCGGCCGGCUUCUCGCACCUUCCUCAGCAAACACUUCACGGGUCGCUGCUUCCGCCUGAAACAUCACAAACCCUGCACGCGACCUUCUUCAUUUGCUUGUGCGGCCGUGUUCCCUUCCACCUUCAUCAUCCACAAUAUAUCACUUUCCUCACAUUCCCUCGCUCCCUCGCUCUCUUCACUCACUCCUUCUCUCCGCUCUUCAUCGGCGAUGAGCUUCACAUCAACAUCACCCAUCUCCCGAUUCUGGCACACCGUCACCACGCCGCCUGCCACCAAACAACAUCAACAGAAACACCAGCCACGCUCCCACUCAUCCACAACCAAACUCCUCAACAAGAUGUUUGUGCGCUCCGGUAACAACCUGCCCGCCGACCCACGCUACCCCGACAGCCUGGAAGAGCUCGGGUACAUGAUCGACGCCAAGGGCCAAGUCGUAAGUAUCGCACCCCCUCACUCGUUCUCCCCUUCAUACAUCUCGGAUUCGGAGCGGGCGAAUGAGGUGCAUCGCGAGGCACUGCACGCGGGUGUGCGGCGGGCGGUGAAGAAGGAUCUGGCGAAACUGGGAGUGAGGCCGAUCUACUGCGGCGGGCCAGAUGGCACGAGGCUGUCCGACGAGCCGGUGAAGGGAUCGCCGAGCCUCCCCAUUUUCACCACGGACUUGUCGGAGAUGCAAAACAAGCGUGACAUCAUCGUGGUCAUUGGUGAGCACAAUCAGGACCCCAUCGUCUGGGCGUGGAGGAGCGCGAUGCGCGAGGGCGGCUUGCAGGAGGCCACUGCGGUGGGUUUGGUGCGGAAGCUGAUGACUCUGGGAUUCGGCGGCCUUCCUUCGCGCGACGAGGCGGAAGCGGCUGGUGUCGCCAAAGCAGGCGUGACUACUUCCAACAGAAUCGACUCCGUGGGUGCUGCAGACGAAUCGAGCGCCACCCCUGGCCUCAUCCUACUCAACCCCGGCCAGCGCCUGUACUCGCCGCAAUUGAACGAGGCCAUGACUCAGGUUUCGUGGUUGGCGAGGCCCAAGCCUAACGCUCUGGCGCAGGCGCACAAGAUCGACAACGACCACAACAAGAUACCCGGUCAUUAUACUCCGUACGAACACGUCGGAACCUUCUUUGAUGGCAUCCUUGACCAGCUCAUCGUUCACGAGUCCAGCCUUCGUCUCUGGAUCGUGGGCAUCUCGGAUGGCGCAGAGGCUUUCAUCAACUACAUGGACGCCCAGCUCCAUCGCGACCACACAGCCAGAAUCGGUAGCAUGGUUUCUGGCAUGGCUUUCAUGGAGCCUGCGCAUGACCCGACGAUGCUGAAGAGUCAGACCACGAAGACCUUUUUGCACUCGACGGGCAAGUGCUGGAUCAAGUCAAGUAAGCCGAUGGGGACCUGGGUGAAUGCGCCUGGUGCGAUGAAGAAGAUCAACCACCCUUCGCAAGAAGAUCGAUACCGAUGAGCUCAUCUGGCCUGCCGUCAUGGACGAAGUGUUGGACUUCUUCAAGUCGAGGGCAGAGGAGGAGAACCUGAGGGAUGCGAUGGGCAAGGGGUUAGUUUUGGGUGGCUAAACCAUCCACGAGGUCGAUCUGGAAGUCUGGGAGGGGAGAGUGCGAACCAGGAGGUGGUAUAAGAGGGACGAGAGCUUUGGAGAGUGUCUAUUUUGAUGCUCACAGAUCGGGCAGUAUACGAUCGGCAGGCUUUCGUUUAGCAGCUUGCUUUUACUAUACCCGAGUCUGACUUUAAUGAGACUAUAGUUCCGUGAACGAACCCUCUCUCGAUUGCC